AAUUUAUUAUAUUCCAUUAAGAAUCUCGACCCUCCAAUAAACAUGCUAGUAAACAUUCACAUAUAAAAAUUUAAAACAGAAAUUUGAACGGUUACAUCACUUGUUCUUGUUAUCGUCCCCACCACCAAAGUUGAGCUCAUCAAUUAGCCUGGAUUUUCCACAUGUGAUAGUAGCGUUAUGGAAUUUUCUUUGAAGGAAAGAAAAAAGAGAGAAAAACAAACCCGACGUUCCCAAUGUAACGUUGACGACGUAAAGCUUCGAACAUUGACGGAAAAUGUGUCUUAACGUUAAGUGACCUUUAUGGUUAAACACAAUAAUAGAGGGGCUUGUUAAUAAUAUCUCCACCAAAUCUUCUGGCAUCUUUUAUUCCAAAGCAGGAAGAAGAAGAAGUCAAAGACGAUACACACAACAACAACAAUGGCGUCGUCCUCAUCCUCUUACCACCUCCUCCUCCUCGCGAUCACCGUCUCCUCCCUAUCAAUCUCCACCACCUCCGCGCGUCUCUGCAAAACCUUCCUCAUCUCCUCCUAUUCCCUCUCAAUAACCCCAGAAAACCCUAACCUCGAUCCCCAAUCCGACCUCUCCUCGACGCGAUUCGUCACCGUCUUCACGAUCCGCCGCCUCAGCCCCAACCCGACCGUCCCUUUCUUCGUCAAUCGCCGCCACGGAAUCCUCCCUUCCGAGAAGCCUCAGAUCCAGGAGAAUCGCUCUUCUCAGCCGUCUUUCCCUUUCGUCUCCGAGAACGUGAAAGAUCGCACGAGGGACAUCCUCAGCGUCGUGAUGGCUCUCUUGUUCGGAGUCGGAUGCGGCGCCUUGACCGCGGCGACCAUGUACCUCGUGUGGGCCCUGGUUGUGAAUCGCCAUGGGUACAAUUUCGAGGAGGAUGAUUACGAGAACGAGGAGUCUGAUGCAGCUAGCUUGAAGAAGCUGGGUUACGUCAAGAUCCCUGAUCCUGUCAAGGAAGCUGCUUAAAUUCGAGGCUGUUCUUAUCCUAAUUACCAAAACAGACCUUUUGUGAAUUUAGUUUCUACAUAUUACGUCAUCGUCGUCUAUCUAUGUUGCGUUGAUUAUCAGUUAAAUUCGAGUGUUUUUUAUGGAUUUAUCUAUAGCUAUUAUUAUAUAUAUCAUUAUCAGUGCUUUACGAUUUGUGUUGUGGAUGUUUAUAAUUUAAAGUGUGAUUAUGAUGUUA